UGAUAGAUAAUUAGAUGUCCACAAAUCAUUCCCCUAAUAUCCAAAUCAAGUAGAGCUUUACUGCAUUCACGUAGCUCCACAAAAUGACUGAGCAGCGCAUACCACCGCAGAAGCUCCACGGCAAGGUGGCCAUCAUCACCGGCGCCGCCAGCGGCAUCGGUGCAGUCACGGCCCGCCACUUCGCCGACCACGGAGCUCGCGUCGUCGUGAUCGCCGACGUCCAAGACGCCAAGGGCCGAGAAGUCGCCGCAUCCAUCGGCUCCCACCGCUGCACCUACGUCCACUGCGACGUCACCGACGAGGACCAGGUCAAGUCGCUUGUCGACUCCACCGUCGAACUCUACGGCCAACUCGACGUGAUGUACAGCAACGCGGGGAUAACCGCCGCGUCGGUGCAGACGGUGAUGGAGCUGGACUUGUCAUGGUUUGAUAAGGUGAUGGCGGUGAACGCCCGCGGAAUGGCGGCGUGUGUGAAGCACGCGGCGCGUGCGAUGGUGGGGAAGAGAGUCAGGGGCAGCAUAGUGUGCACGGCGAGCUGCGUGGCGGAGUGGGGGACGGAGAGCGCGACGGACUACACCAUCUCGAAGCACGCGGUGCUGGGGCUGGUGCGGUCAGCCAGCGUGCAGCUGGCGGGGCGUGGGGUGCGCGUGAACUGCGUGUCGCCGGGUGCGGUGGGAACGCCGAUGGUGAGCGAGCUUUUUAAGAUUGGGGCGGAAGAGCUCAAGGAGUUUAUGGCAGCGGUAUAUUCGGGAAGCAGCGAUGAUGGGCCGCUGAUGGAGAAACACGUGGCGGAUGCGGUGGUGUUUUUGGCGUCAGAGGAGUCGGCGUUCAUCACCGGCCAUAAUUUGGUGGUUGAUGGUGGACUUGGCACCAAGGGCAAGUCAUUAUUCAAACCAUCAUCAACUUGAUUUGCAUAGAGAUACUAGUUGUCUACUUGUCUGGAAAACUUAUAUGAGAGUUUUGUCUCUUUGUAAUAGGAAUAAAUCACAAGCAGUUGUUUUCAGUCU